AUGCCUGGAAUGACAAAAGCUGAGUUUCAAAAUUGCCAAAAUUGCGGCAGUGCAUAUUGGGUACAUGGUGAUAUAUCAUUUGUAAUGGCAUCUAAACAAUUUGCCGUGAUCGGCAAGCGAUUGGGCAAGCUGUUUUUGCUGCUCGCUCAAUUGAGCCAUGGUAGUUGUGCUGCCCUGAUAACAAAGAUAUGCACUGAGCAAAUUGAAUUGGACACACUACCUCUGACCUAUACCCUCGGGCACCUGCAGAAGCUCAUCAAGUUUGUAUUCCAGCCAGCGAAGGAAAGUGAGAUGGGCGGAUCUUACAAUUUUCGACAUGCCACACGGCACGCCAGCUUGCCAUUGCAUGCAAGGCGCCCAGUGCCUUCAUCCUCCAAGGGUAAACAGCCAGCUCUAGAUUUAGAUCCUGAGCCAGGACAUUUGUUUGAGGUGCAACAAGACAUCGAAAUUUCCCGCUCUGGCAAGAAAACGAGUGGGAAGACGCUGGUAAAAGCGUCUACCAUGAGCCGGCGGCCCAAUAUCAGGCGCUUUGCUUUCAUCUCAAUACAAGUGGUGGAUACCGCCGAGGAAUAAACUGAAGCCAUACAUAGCUACACACGGAGUUUUGUAGAGACCAGUACAUAUGUACUCACACUCACGCUGGUUGACGCUACUUCAGGUUUACUCCGGGUCGUGACAAUCAUGGGAAUCAUGUCGGCGGGCGGAAGGAACGAGGUCGAGCCGACAUGCUCACCACACACUAAUGGUAAUAUAUGAUAGAUGGUUCCCGAUCCCGCAAGACAUUUGCAGUUACUACGCGAAACUAUGUGACGACUUGGUGUCUUCGCAAGAUCUUCUCAACUUACAACCUAUCUGUACUAGAGCAGUG